AGGAAAGUGAACGUGAAACAUACGGAAAAGUGCAAAAAUUAAAAUCGAGUGCAAUAAGUGCAAGGAAAAAGUGUGUCCCACCCAGUGCGGAAAAUGUGGCGAGUUAGCAAAGCUAAAAUCUGGCACUGAGUUUGUAGAAACAGCACAAAAAGAAGAGUUAGAAUUCGGUUCCAAGCGGAUCUUGAAUCAAAGUUUAAAGCAACAAAAAGAAAAACAAUAACGCAGUUUGCGGGAUUAAGUAAUCCCGUAGAAUUGAGAUUUUCGAGAGAGAGAAAUCGCCAGAAAAGCAACGUACAAAAAUGUCCACCGGUCGUCGUUUGGCAAAACGCUCAAUCAUUGGCACCAAGGUGUGCGCCCCGGGUCCCGAGGGACUCCUGUAUUCGGGCGUCAUCGUCGAUGUGAAGACGCCUCCGUCGUAUAUGUCGGGCAAGGCUCUGGCACCGCUGUCACCGCCACCGCCGCCGCCGCCCACCUUCCUGGCCCCCGGGGAGCCACAGCUGAACGCGGACACGCGCUAUCUCGUCCGUUUCGAUUUCAAAACGCAGCAGCUUCCGAUGCAACACGCUGCCCCGUCGACAGUGUCCGCGUCCUCGUCAUCGUCUACGUCCACGUCCCCUUCGGACGCAUCGGUCAUCGUGGAGGCCCGCCGGGUCGCCAGCGUGCACAUCAGUCCGGCCCAGGCUCUGCGCCGGAACGCCAUGAUUAAGGAGUUCCGCGAAUCGGAUCUUAUUGGACCCGGCUUCCGCUCGAUUAUGGGCAUACAGCUGCAGCCCGGCCAGCGAGUUUUUCUCACCUACAACGGACGCGAGCAGAGCGGCGAUGUGGUGGAGCACGAUGCCAGCAAGGACGAGGUGGUUGUCAAGAUAACCACAGUUGGAAAUGAGGAACCGAUUGAGCUGAAAAAGCGUCUGGAGGAGGUGCGUCUGCUCGAAUCGAGACGCUCGGCACGUCUGGCCGACCAGGAUCGCGACACGGACUUUGCCCGGCUCGCCGACAUGAGUGGGGACCGUCGCCGCACCACCACCCACAGUAUUGAGGUGCUACCACAUCUGACGGGCCACAGCAACUCGAGGAAACGUCCGUCCAGCGAUCAUCAGGACUAUGGCAGCAAUCCGGGCAACGAGGAUCAGAUGGUGGAAUGCAAUGCCGCCAUGAUUCUCAUGAAGCUGCACAAUCCCAAUGGCGUGUCUGACCAUUGUCUGGGCUCCAGUCCCGGCAGCAGCUCAUCGGCCUCCUGGAGCUCCGGCUCCGCCUCACCGCCCCUCAGCGAUGAUGGCCACGGGCAUGGCCAUCACAGCCCGAACAUAUUGUCGCCGCACGAUGCGGCCAAUGCACGCAUACGCACAACAUCGGUGUCCACCUCGGACGAGGGCAUUGUCAUUGAUUUCAAGGAUGAUCGCAAGAAAAAGGUGAGUGCCAUGAGGUCUCUUAUCCCGCAUUAUGGCUCAACCUUCGCAUCGCCCACUGCCAGAACUUCCCGCAAGUUCCGCUGUACCUAUCCAAAUUGUAGCUUCAAGGAGCACGAUGAAUCGAAAAUGAAACGUCACAUUAGUAUCAAUCAUUUGAGCAAAGAGGAGCCCGACUCCGGCGACUAUGACUCCUGCAGCGAGCACGAGGAGGAUUUCUACUACACAGACGAUGACGGCGAUGAUGAGUUGGUGAAAAAGCCUAGUCUAGCCUCGGAGCCCACGCUCAGCCACCGGGACAUGGCACGUCCACCGCACGAGGAUCCCGAAUACCAAAAACUGAUUGUCGGGAACUUCAAGCAAGGACGAGCUUUGCAUAAUUAUAACCACCAAACGCAUCAGCAGCAGCUGACGACGGCACAUCACAGCGGCGGCGGGCGGGGCAUGCACCACAUAAGCAGCAUCCCGAGCAACCAGCAGCAGCAGCUGCAGAACAACAACACCAGCUGCACACCGACAUCGCACCUGGCCCACCACAACUACACAAGUGGAUGGCCGACCAGCAGCCCGGGGGCGAACACGACGGCCAUGCCGUCCCCGGUGUCCACGCUGAACAAGCACGCUCGCACAUCGUCUUCUCGUCCGUCCCACUCGGUAGCGCCAUAUCCAUCACCGACGUUCGUCCAGCAACAGCAGCAACAGCAACAUCACCGGCACAGUUCUUCUUCGAGCAACAACAGCAAUCCGGUGAGCCCGGUCAUCCACUGCAACAGCAGUGCCAACAAUAUGCUGCAGCAGCUGUCGCAACAGAACGUGACGGUGACGGCGCACGCGCACCACAGCCAGGUGCAGCACCACCUGUCCAGUGUGACCAUAACGCCAAACUAUCAUCCGACCCAACAGCAGCAGCAGCAGCAGUCGCUGCCGCCGCACCAGAGCCAACAACAACACCAGGAACAGCAGCCGCCGCAUCCGCACCAGCCACAUGUGCGCGGCCAGCAACAAUCAACUGCCAGCAACCUGGUUGCAAACAACAACAACAACAACAACAGCAUGCCUCUGCAGCACGUUGCCGUGCAACAGUCUGUGGGCGUGGCCAAGCACACGCCCAACUCCCCGAAUCGUCGCACGCGGGGCGAGAACAAGAAGUGCCGCAAGGUGUACGGCAUGGAGAAGCGCGACCAGUGGUGCACUCAGUGCCGGUGGAAGAAGGCUUGCAGCCGCUUCGGCGACUGAAAGCGGCAGAAGUCGUCGACGGAGGCGGUCAACCAGG